AACCUCUCAAUUGUUGCAUGUUGACUUUCGCAUUGAAGUCAUAACAUCCUCAAGAUGAGGUUGCUUUCCUAUUUCACUGCACUACUGUGCACGUCAGGAAUUGCUCUUUCUGCAGCAGCUACCAAAAGCAAAAAGCUAGAGCGCUUUCAGUCCCUGUCUCGAUCGACCCCAAUCGAUUUGGACGAUUCGAUAUACAAUGAGCUCACAUCCGCGCCGCGAGACUACCAUGUCGCCGUCAUGCUCACAGCUGUAGAUGCGCGCUUUGGCUGUGCCCUCUGCCGGGAGUUCCAACCUGAAUGGGAUCUCAUUGCAAACAGCUGGAACAAGGGCCAAUCUGGUGAUAUCAACUUGAUCUUCGGCACUUUAGAUUUCAGUAAAGGAAAAGACACCUUUAGACAGUUAAUGUUGCAAACCGCCCCGAUAGUACUGUUAUUUCCCCCGACUGUGGGACCUGGCGCAACGGCCGAUGGAGCUCCUCAAAGAUUUGAUUUAUUUGGUCCAACUACCGCUGACCAGGUGUACGUCUGGAUCACCCGGCACCUCCCCGACGGCCCGAAACCCCAGUUGGUGCGUCCUAUAAAUUACAUGCGAUUGGUGUCCGCGGUCACCCUACUACUUGGCGCAAUUACACUCUUCACAGUAACCUCGCCAUAUUUGAUUCCUAUCAUCCAAAACAGGAAUGUAUGGGCAGCGAUCAGUUUGAUUGCCAUCCUUUUGUUCACAAGCGGUCAUAUGUUCAACCACAUUCGCAAAGUUCCAUAUGUUGCGGGAGAUGGACGGGGUGGAAUCUCCUAUUUUGCUGGCGGAUUCUCGAAUCAAUUUGGCAUGGAGACCCAGAUUGUAGCAGCAAUCUACGGUAUACUUUCUUUCGCGGUUAUUGCGCUAGCCUUGAGAGUUCCGCGCAUGGCUGAUGUCAAGACACAGCAAUUAGCUGUUAUCAUCUGGGGUGUUGUCCUUCUUGGGGUAUACAGCUUCCUGCUCAGUGUUUUCAGGGUCAAGAACGGUGGCUAUCCUUUCUAUCUGCCCCCGUUCUGAGAUAUAUAUAUCUUGGAUCUUCUAUGGAAUCGUGUGGGAAUGGCACCUGGAACACUUACAUACUAGCCAUUUGUACUUGUACAACGUUUGGAACGAUUUCGUUCUUAUUGGAGAAAAAGUAUGUUUGCAUGUUUCGAAUGAGCUUCACGUAUAAAUAGGCUUCGCAACAUGAAUAAGAGCACAGCGAUUGACUGGUUUUGA